CAAUCUACUAAACCACCACCUGCUAAACUACAAUCUGCUAAACCACCUACUGCCACUGACUACUCUGGAACCUUAUCUGCUGUGGUAGGUCGUGGGCAUGUCAUCCCUGUCAAACUGACCUUGGCCCCUUUCUCCUCCUUACUCUCCAGCGAAGAGACCAACACCAACCUCCCCUCCAGCAGCCGCCCCUCCUCGUGCUCUAUCAAGCUUUUAGACAGUAGGAGUGACAUUCCUUGCUCCCUGGCUGUGAGCUCUAUUUCAACUGUUCCUGGACAUGACUCUAGCAGCAGCCCUGUGCGGGAGAAUCAAUUUGCUACUGAGGUCUCGUCGAUCUGCCUCAGCCAAGAUAGAAAUGGCCAAGGAGGGAGUGUGACACCUCCAGCCCCUUUGGAUGUUUCCCUCCCCUCCAUUAUUGAGCGGGCUGGUGGACUUGUAUGUUCCGUCAUCUCCAAGUCUUUAGCAAUUGUGGAGGCGCGGUCAAGUGUGAAUGGUGAGGAGGACUCUCCAUCUCCCACCACAGUCUCCCAUUCUCCUACAAGGGUGUUUGUCAGCCACUUAAGGAGUAGCCCACUAGGUGAGGACCUUGUAGAUUCAACACUUGCGGAUGUUAUCUCUGUCCUGAAAAUGGAGGGAAUUCUUUCCUCCUCUCCGACUUUGGAGGAGGAGCUGCUUGAUCUCUCCUCCAGUUGUUCUUCGUCAUCCAGCGAAACACUGCAAUGUGUGUCUGUUGGCCCUCUUGGCAGUGGGUCGGAGACGUCCUUGAAACUUCUUGGGGGUCGUACUCUGAGUAUCGCCACCCCAACGGCCCAUGUUAUCACAGAGGACUUAGAAGUCUACAGUGAUGAGAUCAUUGACGAAAUCCUUAUUAUAAUGAGGACCAAAAAAGAUGAUGACAGUGGAAGUGACGUCUCUGGUGCAUCAACACCAUGCAGCACACCAGCACCACAGAGCCGGUCCUCUUCUGCACUGAGGGGAGUGCUUCCCCAUGACAGGAGGAUACUCAGCACAACACUGCUUGGAAUCCAGAACACACUAGACAGUGAGAACCUCUCAGGAGAGUGCUCCAUCUCACCACAGGACAAUGCCAGAGUCCUGGAGAUGAUAAAGUUGCUGCAGAGGUGCCUUGAUGGGACACCCUCAGAGUCCUCCAUCCAUAUCACAGAUGUGGCUUCACCCUUGGGCUUUCCUCUCCCUGUAUCUCUCCAUGCUGUUCAGUCGUGUGUAUUUGCCACUGACAAAGACCUAAAGGCAGAAAGAGUGAAGGGAGUCUUUGAAAGCCUGAGAUCCCAGUUUAUGAGCUACUCCAUCAAGCCUGUGAGUAACAUCAUUACCAGGGCAACAACAAAGAUGGCUGCCUCCAAUCAGGUUAGUUUAGAGACACCCCAGGCAGCAUCAGCAAAAUCAGAUGCUGUGGCUCAGAACCUUAUUAGUUCGGUUUUAUUUCAAGUUGCCAAUGUGUCCUGCUCUGAUGACAUAGAGGGUCUGGGUGAUCAUCUCAGAUGCCCCUCAACUUUGACCAGAGUUCUGACACCUUUGACCUCUGAGAAAGCUACACUGACACCUGCUGUUCUGAAGAUCAGAAGGGAGAUGUGUAAGGAAGUGGCCACCGAACUCCAGAGUUUCUUGAUCAAGGAAUCCCUUACUGGCACCCAGACACCAUCCAAUGGACAUGCUUGCACUUCUGGUUCUGCCCCAAGGGAAGCUGUGCGGGACAUCCUGAGGAAAACCAAAGAGGAGGCUUCCAACAAAAGCCUGAAUAAUAUUUUCUCUGUUAAUUUGGAUGAGCGGCUCACAGACUCCAUUGCAGAUGCCUUAUAUCCAAAGCUGCAUGACACAUUGGAGUCCAAGAGAGAGCUGCAGGCUUCUUAUUACAGCUCCCAGAUCAGCUGCAGCCUCAGCCCCUUUGAAGUUGAGAGCAGCCUAGCGCUCCAGGAGUUCACUGACCCACUAUCUGAGUCAGUAUUGUGUCUCCUGGAUAGGACAUUUGGAGAUAAAGCUCAGAACUUAAAGACAGGCGGGGGUGUUUUACAAUAUGUUACAGACCCAACCUAUAAGAAGCUUUUGAUUGGACCCCACACCAACGACGUCAAUGUGGUUGUGCACACGAUUGCAGUAGAGGAGUUGCCUGUUGAGGGUUGUAUUGCGCAAAGUGAGGCCAUUCAUGGCCUUCACAAGAAGCAAGAGUUACCUUCCAGUGGCAGAGGGUAUGAGACCCCGAGCCCUACUAAUUGCCUGCUGGAGGGUGUAGUGGGCAAACUGGUACGGAAGAUGCUAUUUCAGGGCCUUGACAUCCCUGAGGUACCCAUGAACGACAGCCGCUCUGAGAGCUUUAAGCUACAGUAUGAACUGGUUGCGAAGCUUUGUCCUCUGAUGGUAAGGACACUCAUGGCUACAACCAUAGCCAAUCAACCACCUACUAUUCAAGAAGCAGUGAUGUCUUCCGAGAACAUCCAUGUGAAAGAGCUGUGUGAGGCAGGUAUCAAACCUCUCAAAGAGAACCAUGUACCCGAUGACUCUGAGACAAACAUCAUGGUCAGAAGGGCUUUGAGUGAAAUUGAAUCCUGUAUGAUUGAGACCUCCGACGAGGACUCUCCCAGUCUACAUUCCACACCAGAGGUGGUUGUAGACCUGAUCACCAAGCUGCUUCAUGGGUAUGAGCUUGACUCAGAGGACUUUGCAUCACCUGUGUCAUCCCCAACCACCACUCUCUCUGAUGUGGCAAUGGACAUGGUGGUUUCUGUCCUUCGGGACAUGUCCGAUUCUCCAGACGUUACCUCAGCAUUGGAAAUGACCAAGGAUCUCAAGACGCCGUACUCCCGCCCCUCAAGUGCAAGGAUUGUAAGUGCCCUCUGCAGAGAGCUGGAGGAGCACAUGGGCUCUCCUGAUGCUCUGAGGCGAGCUUUGAGCCGCGGCAGCGGGGAGAUGACAACAGCCAUUGCAAGUGCAGUCACCAGGGAAGUCAACCGUCUUGGUUCAAUCGUACCCAAAGUCUCUGUCCGGCCGCUCUCCUCAGACAUCUGCAUAAGGACAGAGCAGGACAAGGUCAUGGUUAAGAGCCGAUGUGGCUCGGCUGAGGUGAAGGCAGCCCAACCGGUGUAUAUUAUUGUUCACGUAGAGGCGGUGAUGGAUAUCAUUGUCCGGCUGCGGUCUCUGAUUGUUCCUCGGACUCAGGAUAAACUGGCCAGCUGGACCCUAGUUGAGGAUGUGACCAACAAACUGUCCAGUGCUCUGUGGGUGAGGGUGACUAACAGGUGGAGGGAAGCAAAUGUCUGCCUGAAGGCAACAGACAUCUUUCAGCUGGUGCUGUCUGUGCAUAGAAAGUUGAUGCAACGCUAUGGCACAGAGGAAGCCCUACAGAAGAUACUGUGCCACAAGGCACCCAAGCUGCACAAGGACAUUGUCUGUCUUGUCACGAACGCAAUUAUGGAUGCACCAUCCAAACUUCAAGGCACCAAAAAUCUGGAAUCUACACUCAACUUGAAAGAAUUGACAGCCUUGUUUAAUGAAAUGACAACCCGUCAAUCUUUGAAUAAGAAAGCUGAGCAGAGCAGCAUCAAGACUGAGAUUGAACAGCCGGAGUGGUCCACUGUGGAACAAGUGACAUCCGGUUCCAGCAGCUUCACUAGGGAGCUUAUAUUAGAAGAAGUCCUGAUGAAGCUUGUCAAGAAGAUAUGCCAUAUGCCAAAAAGGAUCAACAAACAUCAGCGCAUCCAGAUCAGUGAUCUGGUGACUGAGCUGAUCCGAUUGUUUGAUGAUGAGGUGGCCAAAUAUCUGAUUGAGGAAAUGGGAAGCCAGCAAAAAAGUUUCAAUUCUAAGAUGACAUCGAAGCUGGCAGAUGCCAUCUACACUGACCUUGGGAAGGUCAAGCGUUUGAAACGCUCCUUGAAAAUUGACGAUUUAUUUGAGGAUCAGGAGAUGCUUUCCAUUGUCUCUGUCAUUGUUUCCCACAAGCUACUGGGCAUCUUAAAACCCUCAGUGCCCAGCGAGACCUCAGACCUUGAAGACUCAUGCAGUGAUGAUGUGGAGGAUGCGGAAUCUGAGGGGGUGCAUUAUGCCACCGGCAGAAAGUCCAAGAUGAGCAUUGUCCUUAAAGACACUACGGACCAGCCAGAGAUGUACAUUGCUGUGGAUUCUCCACCUAUGAUUAAAUUAUCCAAGAUGAGGAAAGGCAUCCGGGACUUCUUCUGGGGAGUCCAGAAGGCCUGGAAACGCUUGGUCACCUGCAAGUCCUCUGGCUCCUCUGAUGGGUAGCCUGGAUGACGUGCAGCCCAUGUCAGUUGCUUUUGCCAGGCUACAUCUGAGGAGGACACCACAACUGGCCUCAAUACAACAUUUUUAUUUUUGUUGUUCAUUUUUGUUGUUCAUUUUGAGUCCCCUAAUGCUGCUAUAUUUGAACCAGGCUGUCAGUGGACUAGCUUACCAUUAGUUUAUAACUAUGUAUUUUAUUUUUCAAUCACUUACAUACUUUUUAAUGGUUGUUUUAAUAAACCAUUUGUAUUGCA